AUCGUUGACCCCCAGAGAGAUAACGGCCCGUGUGCAGGUUCACCUCCACCAGUUACACAUCUGUCAGGAAAGACGUGGUCAUUGAUCAGGAGGCGAGGCUGUCCCGAACAGAGCUUCGGACGCGUCCACUCCGGAUAACUCAGGCUCUCUCUGAAAUCUGCACAUUUUUAACAUUUUUAUUUUCAUUUUUAUGAUAUUUUUCAUUCCUGGAGCUGGACAGAAACAUGAUGUUGAGUAAAGAUCUCCCGGAUAUUGAGAGCAUCCUGGCUCUCAAUCCUCGGGUGAAGAGUCACGCUCAGCCUUUUUCCACAGCAAGUAAGAAGAAUGAAAAGAAGCACUGGAAAAGAAACCCAGAAAGGAACUGUGAUUCUUGCAUUAAGCUUGAGAACAACUUUGACGAUAUCAAGCACACAACGCUGAGUGAAAGAGGAGCUCUCAGAGAAGCACUAAGAUGUCUGAAGUGUGCGGACGCUCCUUGUCAAAAGAGCUGUCCAACCAACCUGGACAUCAAAUCCUUCAUUACAAGUAUCUCCAACAAGAACUACUACGGGGCAGCACGGGCCAUCCUGUCUGACAACCCUCUGGGUUUGACCUGUGGGAUGGUUUGUCCCACAUCAGAGCUGUGUGUCGGGGGCUGCAAUCUGUACGCUUCUGAGGAAGGACCCAUCAACAUCGGAGGGCUGCAGCAGUUUGCUGUUGAGGUGUUUAGUAAAAUGGGCAUCCCUCAAGUCAGGAAUCCUGAACUCCCACCAGCCAAUAAAAUGCCAGAGUCUUACCACAAGCCUAUCGCUCUGAUUGGCUGUGGUCCAGCAUCGAUCAGCUGUGCUUCUUUUCUGGCCCGACUUGGAUAUGACAACAUCACCAUAUUUGAGAAGCAGAAGUACACUGGAGGGCUGAGCACUUCAGAAAUCCCUCAGUUUCGUCUUCCUUAUGAGGUCAUCCAGUUUGAAAUGGAUUUAAUGAAGGAUAUGGGAGUCAAGGUGGUCUGUGAGAAAGGUUUAGGUGUUAAUGGGAUGACUCUGACCUCCCUGAAGAAGGAGGGAUAUCAGGCUGUCUUCAUCGGGAUUGGUCUCCCUCAGGCCAACAGAGCUAAGAUCUUCCAGAGUUUAACGGAGGAUCAAGGCUUCUUCACCUCUAAAGAUUUCCUGCCUUUGGUGGCCUCUGCCAGCAAGAAAGGCAUGUGCCAGUGCCGCUCUUCUCUGCCAGAGUUAAAGGGGGUCGUGAUAGUUUUGGGGGCCGGUGACACCGCGUUCGACUGCGCUACGUCAGCUCUCCGCUGCGGCGCCAAGAGGGUGUACGUCUGCUUCAGGAAGGGAUUCAACAACAUCAGAGCGGUCCCUGAGGAGAUGGAGUUGGCCAAAGAGGAGCAGUGCGAGUUCCUGCCCUUCCUCUCUCCUCGUGAGGUGAUCAUGAAGAACGGACGGGUUGCUGGGCUGCAGUUCUGCCGCACCGAGCAAACCGAGGAGGGCGACUGGCUGGAAGAUGAGGACCAGAUUGUGAGGUUGAAAGCUGAUUACAUCAUCAGCGCUUUUGGGUCCAUGCUGAGCGAUCCACAAGUGACUGAAGCCAUGGCUCCAGUGAAGCUCACGCGCUGGGGAACCCCAGAACUCAACACAGAGACCAUGCAGACCAGUGAAGCCUGGGUGUUCGCAGGAGGAGAUGUUGCAGGCUUAGCAAACACCACCGUGGAGUCAACGAAUGACGGCAAACAAGCUUCAUGGCACAUUCACAGAUACAUACAGUCUUUGCAUGGACAGACGGUGGACACAGUCCCGAAGCUGCCGUUGUUCUACAGUGCUAUAGAUCAGGUGGACAUCAGCGUUGAGGUUUGUGGAAUAAAGUUUCCAAAUCCAUUCGGCCUUGCCUCUGCUCCUCCCACGACCAGCACAGCUAUGAUCAGGAGAGCUUUUGAACAGGGAUGGGGCUUCGCUUUGACCAAGACAUUUGGACUGGAUAAGGAUCUGGUGACCAACGUAUCUCCUCGUAUUGUGCGUGGAACCACCUCAGGUCAUCUGUUCGGACCUGGUCAGGGCUCCUUCCUUAACAUUGAGCUCAUCAGUGAGAAAACAGCAGCCUACUGGUGUCAGUCAGUUGCUGAGCUGAAGAAAGACUUCCCCAAUAAUGUGGUGAUCUCCAGUAUAAUGUGUAGCUUCAACAAAGAAGACUGGACAGAGCUGGCCACGAUGGCUGAGGCCUCAGGAGCAGAUGCACUGGAGCUGAACCUGUCAUGUCCUCAUGGGAUGGGAGAGAGGGGCAUGGGACUGGCCUGCGGACAAGACCCCGUGUUGGUGCGUAACAUAUGCCGGUGGGUGCGUGCAGCCGUUUCUAUCCCUUUCUUUGCCAAACUAACACCAAAUGUUACCAAUAUUGUUGAUAUCGCCAAAGCUGCCCAUGAAGGUGGAGCAGAUGGAGUCACAGCCACCAACACAGUCUCAGGUUUGAUGGGACUGAGGGCCGACGGCGCACCCUGGCCGGGGGUGGGGGCCGGCAGACGCACCACGUAUGGAGGAGUGUCAGGCAACGCCAUCAGACCCAUCGCGCUAAAAGCCGUGUCAGCCAUCGCUAAGGCAAUCCCAAAUUUCCCUGUUCUGGCCACCGGAGGGAUUGACUCAGCAGAGAGCGGGCUGCAGUUUCUCCAUGCUGGUGCCUCAGUGUUACAGGUGUGCAGUGCAGUUCAGAACCAGGACUUCACAGUGAUUGAUGAUUACUGCCUGGGUCUGAAGUCCUUGCUAUACCUGAAGAGCCUUGAGCUGAAGGACUGGGAUGGUCAGUCUCCUCCAACUGUGAAACAUCAGAAAGGAAAACCCAUUCCCAAACUGGGAGACCUGGUCGGGAAGAGCCUCCCUAGUUUUGGUCCAUACCUCCAGCAGAAGACAAAAGCCAUCGCAAAGUACAAAACUCAUCUCAGAGAAGCAGGUGAAACCAGUGAUGAGCAAGCCAAGAUCAGCCGAGUCAACACACAGAAAAAACCUGUUCCUGCUGUCAAGGAUGUGAUAGCCAGAGCGUUAAAGCACAUUGGAGCGUACCAGGAGCUUGACAACGUGGAGCAGGUCGAAGCUCUGAUAGAUGAAGACAUGUGUAUCAACUGUGGGAAAUGUUAUAUGACCUGCAACGACUCUGGAUAUCAGGCUAUAACGUUUGACCCAGAGACCCAUUUCCCCCUUGUGACGGACAAGUGUACCGGCUGCACUCUGUGCUUGAGUGUCUGUCCAGUUAUAGACUGCAUCCAGAUGGUCCUCAGGAAAACACCUCACGCACCCAAUAGGGGCAUACCCAUUAGUCCUGUUUGCUAAAAGGAUCCAUAGAAACAAUCCUUGCCACAGAUCUUCAAUAUGGGAUAAAUCAGCAAUAAAAUUUUCUUUGGGUUGAGGUUUGGUGUAAAUUAAUUUAUGAAAAACAUUCUGAAGUAUUGAUUUGCAUUAAUUGCAGCAGUAAUAGUACCAUUGCUCUUAUUGAGAUUAAGCAGUUUAAUGUGGCUGUGAUUACUUCAUUAUUGUCAUGAAAUCAAAUUUACAGUAAAUUGACUAUUUCAUGAAUGUAUUAAUGUAAACGAAAAUUCAUUUUGACAUGGUCCGUGAUAUAAAUAUGGCUUUUCUGAUGCUGCAAACCAUUUGUACACGGAAGCACAAACUAUCAGGAGUCUUGUAGUGAUUACACGCAAACAACUCAUCACGUUUUCUGUGUUUGUGAUUCUCUUUACUUCUAAAAGAUGUGUGCAAUAGCCAAAAGGAAAAAAUAUUCCAACAUAAAUCUAUUAUUUGUUAAAUUUACUGAGGCAAUAAAGAAAAAAAUAUUAAUUAAAAUUAAAAUGUUAAAAUAUUUGUGAUAUCUCUAAAGUAAUUAUUUUACGUUAAUAUCCUUUAGAAAAUUUGAAGUACAGCGCUUUCCAUGUUAACUUGCAUGUAUUAUUACUCUGUGCAACUUUGUAUUUCACACAUUAUUCAAAUAAAAUGGCAAAAUAUA